UCUCCCACCUUCGUGUUCCUUCGUCUCAAAACAUAACCACCAUAGAAGUUUGCUACCAAACCACAAUGUUCCAAACCCUAUCCUUCUUCUCAAACUGUAACCAACCCUAACUCAAUGCUCCAAAACAUCCAAAGAGCAACCUCGCUCGCAUGUUCCCACCUUUCCCGCUCCCACCCCUUCUCCUCCUCUCCACCACCCAUCACAACUCGAACCCAACUCCUCACCUCCAUCCGCACCCUCCCCUCCGCCGCCGCCGCCGUCGACCUCUUCCACACCAUGCUAACCCUAACCCCCUUCCCCCUCGUCCAAGACUUCAACCUCUUGUUCGGCCUCCUCGCCAAAUUCCACCGCCACGCCACCGCCAUUUCCCUCGUCAAAAUCCUCCACUCCCUCCGACCACCCUCCGCCAACGUCUGCACUCUCAACAUCGUCAUCAACUGCCUCUGCCACCUCCGCCACACACCGCUAGCAUUCGCCGUUCUGGGCCUCAUGACCAAGACCGCGUUGGAGCCCACCCUCGUAACGCUCAACACCGUCGUCAACGGCCUCUGCAUGGAAGGUAACGUGAACCGCGCGCUCAGGUUGGCGGAAAAAAUUGAAACUUUAGGGUUUAGGUGUAAUGCACGCACUUAUGGGGCGUUGGUUAAUGGGUUGUGUAAAAUCGGGGAUGUUUCUGGUGCUUUGGAGUGCUUGAGGAGGAUGUUGGAUAGGAAUUUGGAGCCUAAUGUUGUUGUUUAUAAUGCCAUCUUGGAUGGGCUUUGUAAGAGUGGGUUGGUGUGUGAGGCUUUGAGGGUGUUCCGUGAGAUGGAUGUUGAGGCUAAUGUUGUGACUUACAAUUGCUUGAUUCGGGGCUUGUGUGGAGGGUUUGGUGGGUGGAGGGAGGGUGUGGCUUUGUUCAAUGAGAUGGUGGUGGAGAAGGGGGUUGCACCGGAUGUGCAAACGUUUUCGAUUUUGGUGGAUGGUUUUUGCAAGGAGGGGUUGGUUUCGCGGGGGGAGAGUGUGGUGGGUUUCAUGGUGAGGAAUGGGGUGGAGCCGAAUGUUGUGACGUAUAACUCGUUGAUUGGCGGGUAUUGUUUGAGGAACCGGAUGGAGGAGGCGAUGAGGGUGUUUGGUUUGAUGGUUCGCGAGGGGUGCUCGGCGAGCAUUGUGACAUAUAAUUCAUUGAUUCAUGGGUGGUGUAGGGUUAAGGAGGUGGAUAAGGCUAUGGGGCUGUUGGGUGAAAUGGUUGGUGAAGGGAUGGAGCCUGAUGUGUUUACUUGGAGCAGUCUUAUUGGUGGGUUUUGUGAAGUGAGAAAGCCGCAGGCUGCGAGGGAGUUGUUUUUUACAAUGAAAGACUAUGGACAGGUUCCCAGUCUUCAGACCUGUGCCAUUGUGUUGGAUGGCUUGUUUAAAUGCUGGCUUGAUUCUGAGGCGGUGUUGUUGUUUAGGGCGAUGGAGAAGAGUGGUCUAGAUCUUGAUAUUGUGAUUUACAAUAUUGUGCUUGAUGGAAUGUGCAAAGCUGGUAAACUGAAUGAUGCAUGGAACCUUCUUUCUUCUGUGCUGGACAAAGGGUUGAAAAUUGAUUCAUAUACUUAUAACAUAAUGAUUAAAGGUCUGUGUAGAGAAGGACUAAUGGAUGAUGCUGAAGAGUUGCUUAGGAAAAUGGAAGAGAAUGGUUGCCUGCCUAAUAAAUGCUCUUAUAAUGUCUUUGUCCAGGGACUGUUGCGAAAAUAUGAUAUUUCAAGGUGUAGAAAAUAUCUUCAAAUAAUGAAAGGCAAAGGGUUUCCAGUAGAUGCUACCACAGUUGAGUUGCUUGUACGUUCCUUGUCUGCUAACGAAGGAGAUAAUGCAGUCCAAGAGUUGCUGCAGAGCUGAAGUUUGGUGAAUUUAGUCUAUUAAUUUUUAAUUAUUUGAUGUGGGUUCAUAUCAAAUUAUCAAUUUUGGAAGCCUGUCUAAUCAUGAUGUUAGACUGUCAACCAAGCCCCUUAUUGAUGGGGUUUAGACCAUUGUGGCUCAAUAGCCCUAAACUGUUUACUACCAGGUGGUAGGGAGUACAGGAAAGAGCACAGAAUGAUGUGCUUCUAUGAAAUUCAAACCUAGAUUACGAUUAUGAUGGUGUUCUGAAUGGUAAAUCAUCCAAGAGUUCAGAGAAGCCCGCAUAUUUUUGCCUAGAAAUUAACCCAAUUCAAUGCCAACAACUUGAAGGCCUUGUUUUCAAAGCUUGCUGACUUGCUGUGCAUGAUUCUGGUAGCUUACAGUUGCAACUCGCAAAACAAUAAUAUAGUUGGUGUCCACACACAUGAACCUAGAGUUCUCACAUUUUCCAAACAAUUGUAUUCAAAAGUCUUAGUUUUAUUGCUGAACUCCCUAGUCUCCUCUGUAUUUCCAUAGUUUACACCUGCAACAUCACAAAGCUAUGUUUAAAAUGUUUAUCUAGUCUUUAAUCGAGAAGAGUAGAAGCUAUAAAUUUAUCUAUGCAAUUUCUAUUUCGUGAUUUCUCUCUAAUCAGAAAGUUACAUAAAAAGGGGUUGACUUCAGGGGCAUUUAGCACAAAAAUAUAUGUAUGAAGUAUAUAGGUGUCCUACGCUUCAGCAUUUGAAUUUUUUUAUCUCCUAUUUUUACCCAUUAAUGCAUUCAAUUUUCCUCAUUAAAGUUUCUGCUCUGCUAGUAUCAAAUUCUGAUCAUUUAUUUUCACUAUUUUCCUUACUCUCAAUUGGUAAGCACAAUAUUCUCUCUGUUUUUUGCGGUGUCUUUCUGGGUAUGUUCUAUUUGGCUUGAAAAUGUAUGAACAUGAAGAGUUCCAUUUUCCCUGUUUAGCUUCUUAUCAAUCAACACAAGAUACCUUAUUUACUUCGAAAUUCAAAUAUUUUGUGUGUUUCCUUGUUGAUUUCCUCUUCUAUCUGCUUGCAGUUUACAUCAACAUUUGGAGGUGGGCAUUCUGGUUUCUUAUGUGAGAACGGGAACAAGUUGGUUAGGAAAAAGGUGGUCAGGAGUUGAUGGGAUUUGAGAAGAGUGGCGCAGCCAAAUCUAUUGUUAAAGCAGUGACUUGUGCUGUUAAUGAUAGCCCUUUGAAGGUCGACUACCCAAGGGCAAGCAGCCUAGCACACCUGAAUUUUGUGUUAAUGCCUCUGUUAUGCAGAUUACAAUGCAAAUGUAGUGUUCUGGGAUGACUUUUAAAAUUGAGGAUAAGCCUGUUCAUACCAUUUCCAGGUUGCAGGUCCCAUUAGCUAGCCUGAUUCUCCAAGGCAUCUUCUGCAGGUGGUAUUAGUGAACCUGAUUUGCACCAGAACGUCAAGUGUGUAAACCCCUUGUUGCUUGAACUGGUUUCAAUCAUGCUCUUCCAUCUCCUUCCAUUCUCACCCCCAAGAAGCCACGGUUUCUACAGCAGAACCUACAUUUCCCCCUCAUCAACACCGGUUUCCAUCCAUCCUCAGCCAUUCUAAUCCUCAAUGUAACAUUGAAGACAAUAGGUGUACAUUCAUAAGGGAGCCAGGCAUUCUCAAUUUCAACCUUCUCCAUCUGUUUUUUCCUUCAAUAAGUAUCAACCAGACAUGCUUCUGGGUGGAUUUCCACACCAUGAGAUCAUUCAGCCUUGCUUGUUAGGCUUAGGCCUCAUGGUGUGGGACAUAUUAGAGUAGUGGUAAGGACAAUGUUCAUAUCCUGCUUAUUGACUGGGAAAUUCUGGUCAGAACUUGUAGGAACUCAAUAAAGUGAAAUCAUCGUACAAUUUA